AUGGCGUCUUCAGUACGAAAGCCAGUGAUGCCAACACCUGCCAUUACUGGAAAACAGCAAUGUCGGUGUGAAAUUUUGGUGGAAAAGAGAAUGUGCAGGAAGAUUUACUGUCUAUCUGCCAGCCUUUUCCUGAUCAGUUUUGGCCUUCCCAUGGGAACAGAACCGUACUCCACCUUUCCCAUUCUGCUGGAAAUUGUUGUCAUGGGGAUGUAUCAGAGGCAUAUCAUCUCUAUCAAAGGGAAAAAUAUAACUCCUGAAAGAAUACAGUGGGAAAAGAGGGAAUUCGAGUCUUAUAAUCUGGUGCACAAAUUGCAGGGGGCAUGGAAUGACAUUGCUGAGUUUGUACCUGCCACUCGAAGUGCACUCGCUCGUGACAGCCUCAACUUCUUGGCUGACAAAGUUGCAUCUAACUCAGAAGACAGAACUGUUAAUUUCCUUGUAAACAGAUUCCUUAAUUACAGAUUUGAGAAUGACAAGAUUCAGAAUAACUUACUACAAGGUGAGUUUUGGAAAAGCCACCUGUUAUUGAUGUUCCAGACAGAUGAGUUGAUGUGUACUGUGUUGCUCUGCUCCAUUGUGGGUGUUCACAAGAGACUGGAACUGAAGGAACUCUUGGCCUGGUUAAGGCUCAAGCCUUUGCCUUCUCCAGCACCUCCUUUGCCUGCACCAAAGAACCACCAGUCUGGUCAAGGGUUCGAGUGCACCUGUAACACUAUAGGACUGCAAGAUGAUUCACUUUGGACAUCGUUCUUUCUAUAUUUGGCCGCAUUUCCUGGAAAUACAAACUCUGAUAGUGUGGUCCGGCAUGAUUUACAACAUCUAGUUAUUGCUCGCUAUGUACGGAUAGUUCCUUUGGACUGGAAUGGAGAGGGCCAAAUUGGGUUAAGAAUUGAAGUCUAUGGCUGCUCCUAUUGGGCUGAUGUUAUCAAUUUUGAUGGCCAUGUAGUGUUACCAUACAGAUUCAGGAACAAGAAAAUGAAAACACUGAAAGAUGUCAUCUCUCUGAAAUUUAAGACCUCUGAAAGUGAAGGUGUAAUCUUCCACGGAGAAGGACAGCAAGGAGACUAUAUCACCUUGGAACUGAAGAAAGGCAAACUUGUUCUAAAUUUAAAUUUAGGCAGCAACCAGCUUGGUUCUAUUUAUGGCCACACAUCUGUGAUGACUGGCAGCCUCUUGGAUGAUCACCACUGGCACUCCAUCAUCAUAGAGCGCCACGGGAGGAAUAUCAAUCUGACCCUGGACAGACACGUGCAGCACUUCAGAACCAAUGGAGAAUUUGAUUACCUGGACCUAGAUUAUGAGAUAACCUUUGGAGGCAUGCCUUUUUCUGGGAAGCCCAGUUCUAACAGUAGGAAAAACUUCAAAGGCUGCAUGGAGAGCAUCAACUACAAUGGCAAUAAUAUCACUGACCUUGCCAAAAGGAAGAAAUUGGAACCCUCUAAUGUGGGGAAUUUAAGUUUUUCUUGUGUGGAGCCACAUACAGUGCCUGUCUUUUUCAACGCCACCAGUUACCUUGAGGUCCCUGGUCGUCCAAGCCAGGAUCUGUUUUCAGUCAGUUUCCUUUUCCGAACCUGGAACCCCAAUGGGCUUCUUGUCUUCAGCAACUUUGCAGAUGACCUGGGGAAUGUGGAGAUUAACAUAAAUGAGGGCAAAGUCAGUGUCCAUAUCAAUGUCACCCAACUGAAGAAGAAUCGAAUAGACAUCUCAUCAG